CUCAGUAAAGGAAUGAAAUUCAUGAAAAUAGUGUUUAACUUCAGUGCAAUCUAUAUAUUUAUGUUACAAAAAUAAUAAUAAUUAAAAGUGAUAAAACAUAAACAAUGCCAACAUAAAAGUUUUGUAAUAUUAUUAACGAGGUUAUUUAUAUUAUUGAUCGCUAGUUCAUUGUUAGAAGAUCGCACAAGGUAAUCGUCUUAUUUGUUUGAGACAAAAGGCAGAAGCUUCGUCCUUCACACAUUAAAAUAUCGUUAUCAAUGCACGUAACCGAUCGGUUUAGUUAGAGGUGAUUAUUGAAGUAACAAAACAGUGCAUGUAAGUAAUAAGACUGAGAGCACGUCACUUGUAAAAUCACAAUUAUUAAAAGACGUAUACAUAUUACUAAUUUUGGUCUUCUCUCCGCUGGUGGUGGUUCUUUCGCUUUCUGCUACAAAAUAUUACAGUUAUCAGCUAAAAAAAAAAACAAGCUUACUAAUGGGUGAUAACGUGUAUUAGUUUUCAUCAUGGCUAAUGUAAAGAUUAGAGUUAACUCACCAAAACCUACAUCAAACCGAAUCAAAGGGACUGGUAAAGUUGGUAAACUGAAAAAAUUAUUAACAGGUAACAAUGACAAGACACGAUCAGCUAUCAAAAGUGCUAAAAAAAGUAAUGACAAAGUGAAAUAUCCUGAAAACAGUUUAAUAAAAAAUAAAUUAAUUGAUACAGUGCUUAUAAGGGAUUCCAAACUUAGAAGAGAAAUUCAACUGUCUAAGGAUUCAUUGUUGACAAAGCAUGGACGUAUUAAACACAAUAACAAGGAUAAUUUAAGAAUUUGUAACAACAUAUUAAAAAGUGAACUUUUGAUUGAUGACAAUAAAGAAAAGGAACCAAAUGUAUCGCACAAAAAUGGUUUGAAUAAUAAUAAUUUAAUAGUAAGCAAUCAAAAUGACAGAGAAAAAAAUUCAACAACAAAAGAUUCCAUGAUUAAAAAGGUAUUGGAUAAUAAAUCUGAUGAUAAACAAAGUAAAUUAAAUAAAAGCAAACCUAAAACUAGCACUAAGUCAGCUAGAAAACCAAGGAAAAAAUACAUUAACACGAGAAAACCUAAAAAAGGACUUUUUGAAUGUGAUUACUGCCAUAAACAAUUUGAUACUAAAUCAUCAAUUAGGAGACAUAUGUAUUUACAUCUUCACUUCAAGACAUAUCCUUGUAAACAGUGUAAAAAGGUAUUUCGCAAACAAUUAUAUCUGUCUGCACAUGUUACAAGGCAGCAUCCCAAUUGGGAGCGACAUUACAUGUGCAAUGUUUGUGAUAAACCAUUUUUACUAAAAGAGAAUUUAGCUGUUCACUUGGCAAGCCAUACCAGCCUAGAAACUAUGUUUAAAUGUAUCUACUGCAAAGAAAAAUUUUCUCACCAGAAUGAUUUAGUUAAACAUGAAAAGAAACACUUAGUUAGUGGACGUUAUGAUUGCAUUAUAUGUGAACAGAGCUAUGAUUGCAGAAACAAAUUAUCAAUGCAUUUUAAAACACAUUUAAGAGUUAAAGAUUUUAUUUGCCAACAUUGUGGUAAAGAAUUUUUGCGAAUGAAUUCAAUGAGGCGUCAUGUUCAAAUUUGUCAUGCUGGAAUAAGAAUUCAGUGUUCCAUAUGUAAGAAGUUUUUGAAAGGUCAUUUGUCGGAGCACAUGCGUACUCAUGAGAAGCAACGUCCCCACAAAUGCCCAGAUUGUGGUCAAUGUUUUACUCAAUCUACCCAAUUAACCGUACAUCGAAGAUCCCAUUCAGGAGCACGUCCAUAUCCUUGUAGGAUUUGUAAUAGACCAUUCUCUCAUUCCAAUGCCCUUAUGUUGCACAUUCGAAGACAUACAGGUGAGAAACCUUUCGAUUGUGCAAUGUGCCCCUUGUCUUUUUCACAAUUACCUCACAUGAAAUCUCAUAUGCGGAAAAUUCAUGGUAAAGAAAAUCCUUACAGAUGCAAAAAAUGUAAGCAAUUCUUUAAGCUAAAAAUUGAUCUUGAAAAUCAUACUAAAAACUGCAAAUUUGGUGAAAAAGAAUUAUCAUUUGAAGAAAAAAUUCAGGCAUCCGUACAAGUAGAAGAGGAAGAAGUUGUGGAAUCAGUGAUGAGCUUAUCUCGUAUGAGAUUCCUAUUAGCUCUUCUUCUGACUAUGAUUGCUACCAAAGAGAAACUAAAAUACUUAGGUUUCAACAAACGUUUGAUAGACGAUUUAUUAGUGGAAUCUCUCGAAGCUAUGGGUCACACUCCAUGUAAAGAUGAAUCUCUAGCGCCGUUAAAACGUCUAAAAACGAACAUCGAAACACUAUUAAAUGGAACAGUACCAAAGGAGCAAAUGGCGAAAUUUCGAAAGGAAAACAAAAGUAUGGAAGACAUUUUGGAACUUCUUACGAACGAAAAGAAAUAGGUAAAAAAAUGUGUUGUUUAGUUAAUAAUAAUAGUUUUAAUUUUAAGAUAUAUUUAUUUAAUAUUAUAACAUAAAAAUGUUCUAAAAUAGGUUGAUGAGUUUAUAACAUUUACAUGUUAUAUACCUACGUUAUAAAAUUAGGUCGAAUCACUUAUUUAUUUUGCACCAUUAGACAUCACAUUACAUUAAGAAUUUAUAUUUUUAUUGAUAAAUAAGCCGAAAUUUUGUAUAUUUUAUCUGUAGAAUUUGCAUACACAAUAGAUAUAGGAAUUUUACAAUUGAUAGACGACAAUAGUUUUGAAAUAGCCUUAUAAUUAUUGGCUGAUUGUUAUUUACAAUAAAAUAAAUAAGUUCACUAAUCCAUCCAGAAAAUAUAAAUGAACUGAUGACGUAUGAAACAUUACAUUUUCGAAAGUGAUAAAAAAAAAGAAAUGUUUGAAGCAUAAAUAUAGUGUAUAAAAUUAUUAGAUGAUUGGUUGAAGACAAUGUUUAAAAAUAAGACUUGCCAUUUAAACAAAAAGUGAUUAUUCCAAAGCUCAUAAUUUAUUGCAUUUUAAUUUUAUUUAUUUUAGGUAAUUUAUUUUGACUUUCAUUUGCAAAAUUUUCGAUAAUUUUGCUUACUCGCAUCAAUGAUUUUUUUCACUCUAA